AUGAGCUUCAACAAUUUCAAGGGUGGAGUAACCAAUAAGGGAAAAGAAAUUCUUAUGAAGAAGGUAAUAUCUGAGGAAGACUUCAUGGGUAUACAUGACCUCAGUAUUGAUAAAGAUAAUAUGGAGAGUCAAACCAACAUGUCAGAACAAAUGUUCCAACAUUUGUCUCAGGAGUUUGAAUCAUCUCUUAAGAAUGAUUUUAGACUAAAGUUUGGGUCUAUAAGAUAUCAUCAUGGUGAAUAUUCCCAAGGAACAAACUUGAGAAAUCCCGAUGAUGCUGAGGUUGAUAUUGGUGUAGCUCACGAUGACGUUGUUAACAACCAUGAUCACGAUUUAGAAUAUGUGAAGACUAGAAGUAAAAGUGUGAAUGAGAUCCAUUGUACUAAAAAUGGCAAGGAUUGUAGAUUUAUUUCAAAUGAUGAAAAUGUUGAUUUAACUAGGGUGAUGGAUGAGAAAAGUGCAUCUCUCAAUAAGGACUUGAACAUGGAAACUGAAGACAUUCUUUGUGCCAAUAGAAUGAAGAGAACUCAUGAUAAGUAUCAUGUAGUGAAGCUUGUUCAAGCUAUUGGAUAUACUAAUAAAGAUGAUGAUCUUUGCAUACAUAUGCUGAAGAGAAAGGAUUUAGAAUGGAUAGAUCAUGAAAGAGAUACUCCAAAAGAAGGUCUUACAAUUGAAUAA